AUGUCGCGGACGGCGCGGACACGUACGUGGGCGAGCGCCGCAGACGCGUGGGCGGUGACUGGCUGCAGCGUCAUCCGCUUUAAGGCGGCGCGGGCCCCCGGGCUGCGUCCCAAUUGCGGAGGAGCGGAGGGCGCGCGCCACGCACAAGUGCCUGCCGCGUACCACCCGCCGUACUACCGCGGUGUACGGAGCACGAUGGUCGUGAGCUUGUGCCGGAUUCUCGUCGCAGUUUUCCUCACCUGCAGCCUUGCCGGUGUUGACGGGCGCUGCAAGUUCGGGCUGGCGGAGUACGAGCUGGGCGAGCGCUGGUUCCCGCGGCUGGAGUCACAGGGCACCGUCUUCUGCGUCACCUGCGGCUGCUACGAGGGCGGACGUAUGAACUGUUCAAGCCGAGCGUGCCCCGUAAACUGUUCUAAGGAAGAGAAUGCUGACUGCUGCCGCAUCUGUUCAGGUACUGUAUCUCGCUUAAGUAUUCACCGGCCGAAGUGGCCCACCAUCGUGGGCCGCGACGGCGACGGCGGCUGCGUGCACAACAAGCGCGCCUACCGCAACGGCGAGAGCUUCCCCUCCAACAGCACGGGGCUGCGUGUCGACCAGCCCAACCAGUGCGUCCAGUGCAAGUGCACGGAGGGAGUGGUGAUCUGCGAGACGCAGACGUGUCCGCCACUGGACUGCAGCAGCCCCGUCAGCACGGCCAGCCACUGCUGCCCCGUCUGUCCCGGUCCCCUCAGCUAUAACCAGCAGUCAUCGUCCAUCACAUUUAGUGAUCCAUCGGCACCCAGCGGACGCAAGGACAGAAACUGCAUCUCCACUGGCAAGUAUUAUGUGGAUGGUUCCUCUUGGCAUCCUGUAAUUGGUCCUUUUGGUCCAAUGGAUUGUGUUCGAUGCCAUUGCCUUUCUGGCAGUAUUGAGUGUAGCCGCUUCAAGUGCCCGUCCAGAGAAGAACUGCCCUGUGAAAAGCCUGUGAAGCAAUUUGGACAAUGCUGUGCAUCAUGUCCUGUCCCAGCAAUGUCAGUAUUACGGCAAGGUGAUGUCUCAGAAGUGGGCUCGGCUCAGUGCCUGCCAAAGGGAAGUGAGUUGGCUGUCUACCGGGUACAGGGAACCAAGAAUCUUUCAAAUUUUAUUCAGUAUGCAUUUCAAGGUCUUGAGCCAAGUAAAUGUGAAGUGCAGCUGCAUUCCUGGGUUGUCAGAAAUGGUGCAGCAGAAAGUUUUGAAACUCAGACCGUUUCUGGUGGUGAAUUUACCAAGAUGAGACAAAAACUGAAGUUUAUUCCAUUGGGAGCAACAACUAUAAAGCACCUCAAUAAAUUCAGUCGGCGUGAAAAGAAACUCAAGAAACGAUGCACUAACAAUUGCAUUUCUAAAGUGCUGCGUCUUGAAGAUAGUUUCAACCUUGUGAAAGUGCAAUUCCGGAAAGCAUGUCAAGUAAAUGAACUACAGCUGCGGUCUGUAUAAAGAAAUGGUUUUAAUUAAAAUAGUCAAAUUUUUUGCAGCAGUGGUGUCGAUUCUCAGAAAAUGAAAACACAACCAUUUUACAUUAUUUUCUUACAAUAUUUUCUAGUCAAUUAAUGAUAACUUACAUACGAGAAGUCAAAGCAGUUGUUUAGCCGUAUUUGUUAGUGUAUUAUCUGUAAGUUAGUUUGCAAAAUCUUAUAUUAUUCUCAUACUUGCAAAGACAAGCAAAGGAAUGAUGACAGUACUCUGCUAAGUUAUACGUUCAUUAGCUGUGUACUAUGUGGCAGUAUCUGCUGAGGAAUAUAGAAAUGAGUUGUAUUUGCACUUAUUCAGUGACAUUCCUAUGAGAAUACAUUUGCUUAGCUACUACUGGCUCAUAAAACGAUGGAAACUUGUAUACAGUGUGUGUUUACACAGUUUGUGUAUGCAUGUCUUUAUCAUAAAGUUUACUUUGUAGUACAUGUGUGUGUUUGUUAGUGAAUUAGUGUUCUUAGCAAAACAACUUGUAUUGUUUCAUGAUCUCACUCAUAAUACAGAAAAAAAAUUCAAGAACUGCCAGUUGUGUGCAUAAAUAUGUAUGUGUGAAAUUUCUUGAAAAGAAAUAUAUAAUGUAGGUAUCAAUACCAAGGAUAGAUAGAUUAAAAGCCAUUUGUGUAUGUUGUUUGUUUUACACUUACAGAAACAUGGCUACUGAAAUAUGAAGUUUUGUAUUCAGGAUAAGCCUCUCAGUCUGUCUAUAUAAAUGUAAGACAUUGUUUGUAAAUUGUGUUGUUGUAUCAUGUUGUUAUUAUAUACAUUACCGAAGUGAAUGUAACU